AUGUUCCGCAGAAAGAGGAGCACAUCGCGUCAUCAGGUGAAGCUCGCCCCUCUCUCUACCGCAUCCUCUCAAUCCGCGCAAUCCGCUGCCACCCAUGCCUUCCUCAAAUCUCAACCCUCCUCGAGCAGCUUGUCUUCUGCUGCGGCGGCGGCGGCUCUGCGGAGCCUCACACCCACUCCGACGCCCGUGGAAAAUGUCCAGACCAAGAGAAUGAUGCAGAGGCGCGCUUCUGUCACCUCCCAGGCCAGCAUGUCCACCACUUUGCGCCCGGUCAGCAGAACGGACCUGCGUCGCUCCAAUAGCUCGAGUUCGAUGAGCAAUAGAACUUUUCGAGAGCAGUCCCCUCAUCGGCCUUUUACGAGUACCGGUCAGGUAGACGUUGUUCCGCCAUUGCCAUCCAUGCCUCCAGGCAUCAUGGGAGGGAAAAAUACCAGUCGGCGCUCUGUCAGCUUGGAUCCCAGCAUACGUCUCAGGUCCUCCCCAAAACAGCGACCCGCAGGCCGUGGGUUGAGUGUUGACAGAUCUUUGAAGACUUCGGCGAGCCAAUCCCCGCUUCAAUCCAAACAGUUAAGUACAGUGCCUGAAGUCGAAAGAUCUGGUAGUAGGAAUUCUAUCAAUUUCUCCUAUCCGAUAGCCGCUCGUCCGACCUCCCCGACCGUAUCGCCUCAGCUCCCUGCUCGUGACGUUUUGGCCAGCGCAUCGCCGAACUACGAUCUGUCACCCGCUGGAUCUCCGAACGCUCGGGUAACAAAGAAUCAAUCAGUGAGGAAGAGUACGGGCCUCGCUCCUGGGAGUCCCGGAAGAACCGUUCCUUCUAAGGGGACUGCUGUCGCAGCUGCGCAGGCUGCUAUCGUGCCAAGAGACGAGAUGAAUCAUUCUCCUGCAUCUGCUCGCUCAGGUUAUAUUCGAGAAUCGGCUGCCCCUGCUCAGAAACACAAUCAAGACGAUCGGAAAAUCACAACUCAGUCAGUGGUCGCAAAACAGCCACAUACUGUGACCGAGAAUAACAAGGGCGGAAAACUUGCGGAAGCCAUUGAUACAGGGAGCCACAUCGAUCAAGUCCCUCGCCGGAGUAUCUUGCCCAUCGAGAAUCGGUUUCCCAAACCAUUUGAACAUGUCUAUGCGGCGGAACCUUCAAUCAUCAGGACACCGGCCACACCGGAUGAGAAAGACGGGUUCCAACCCACUUACCCAGAUCAUACCCAGGAAACAAAAGACUCGGUGAAGCUUGGGCACGGGCUCCAGCAAUCUCAGAACCGCCCAACGAGUACCAGUCCAGGCAGAUCUGCCCGCUUUUCAUCUCAACUUGCGGUCACGGGAAAUGCCGAGCAUCAGCCGCCUGCACGGUCUGCCUCGCCUGUCAAAUCAGCGUUGAAAAACGCGCGGAAAAGCUCAUUGUCUCCCGACGGGAGAAAUGGAGGCAUCCUUCGCCCUGUUCCAGCGCUCAGUGAGCUCUCGGAUGCUACUUCGGUGGCCUCAGACGAUGGUUCCAGGCUCGGCUCCCGAAGAAAGCCCGUCAAAGUCAGUUUCGAUGACGAGGCCGAAGUUGUGGGAGUUGCAGCUAGUCCACCAACGUCGCCGGAGGACAUGGCGCCUGGAACCCCGGAAAGACUUAAAUCCAAAAAUGGUUGGUUUCCACUAGGCAAGCGAAUGACUUCCCAAUUGGAUUCCACUACGCCGGACGAGUUCGAUGAAGUCUUGAGGCCUCGUCCAGCGCUCCCUUCGUUCGGUAGUAUACGAGGCUCUCGAGAAACCCCGUCUCUGUCAGCUCGCCCUGAGUUUAGUGACAAUGAGUCAACAGCCUCAUCUGAAUACGACACAGUCGUUUCGGGCUGGUCUUAUUCGGACAACCAUGCUACCGGAGGAAUAUCAUCGAAUUUGCCACUAAAGGAUUUGCGGCCAGUCACAGAACUUGACAGCAUACCUCCACCUAAACUUCCUCACGAUAUUAAUAGCCAAUCAAAUGCUACCGGGGAGAUAAGGAAUGGCUCUGUUCUCGAGCCAAACUCACAAGUCACACAGCCUGGAAAUUUGUCGACAUAUGACACCCAUUCGAUGCUGGGGCAGAGGUUGUCCUCGAGUGCAGACAUGGGCCUAGUUGCGCAGGAUCUGAUGGACCGAAACGAUUCACCCGAGUUAGAAAAGGGGCGUUCAAGUCUCGAACAGUAUACCGUACCUGGCGGAUUUCCGCGGACCUCGUUGGAGCUUGAUUCCAAACACCUUAGCACGAAGAAAGGAAAAAAGUCACGUGAUCGGCGGGUUGAUGAUCGUAUCUCGACUGAAGGAAGUGAUAAUGAAUCCGAAGAAAGCGUCUAUAGUGAUGCGGAAGAAGUCGUCGAGGGUGACGGCUUUGGUUCCAUCAAUGCUAUUGUGGAUACGCGGUUGGCACAAGGCAAAGACAGCAGGCCUGUUGAUGCUAGCAGUUCUAACGAGCUAUCGACGGAUAUCACUCGUGAAUUCCCAGUCGAGUCUAUCAGACUUUCGACCGGACUCGAAGAUCAUCUGGGUGGUCACGCAGUGACCUCUUCGAAGGACACAGUUACCCAGCAUGCCUCGGACUCACCUGCAACUUCACAAAACGCACUACCGUCUUCUUCUCCCUACCCAUUAUUGUCCACACCAUCUACUACUCUAGGUCAGUCUACCAAUGGAGAUGCCGGGAAUUUGUCUAUGCCCUCUGGAACAGCAGAGCGUCCCAUGUCGACCGUUGGCUACGGUGAUUCGGAACUACGCAAUGCGCCUAGCAGCGGGACCUCUGCUUUACGGAAAGCUGGCACCGAGCGGGUCAAGAAAAGACCUGUGUCAUUUGUACCCGCUAUUCAAAAGGAAAUCGUUACAACGCCCAAUAAUGGUACAUCCGUCAACGGAAGGGAGCCUUACACCCGUCGGAGGCGAAUGUCCGAUGGCAGCGACUCAUCCAGCAGCUUUAUACGGUCAAGCCCCCGCGCUAGGCAGGACGGACUGCAUAGUAUGCGACGAACCAUGCGUGGCGGUCCCACGAUCCGCGCUCCGCAAUCUUCUGCCGCUCGGGCGUCGUCGCCCAAUGAAGCUAGGCCUCUUUCUUCAGGCUCAGGCACGGGUACUAUGCGCAUGACGUUGCGAGCAAAUGGGCCGAAGAACGAAAAGACUCCAAUUUUUGCCUCCACCCGAUCACCAAAGUCAAAAAUCUCCAAGGCUACAGGGCCUCGCUUCAUGUCUCGAUUUCCGGAUUCCGAUGAUGAAGAUGCGGAUUUCCGGCGACGGAGGUUGCAAUAUCAUUAUGAUGAUUCCAGCGAUGACGAUGCAGACCGGGUAAUGCAGAGUUUCCGUCCAGUUCGCGGUAUCCCGCGUCGCCAAGGGACGUAUGACGGUGACUCGACGGAGUUAGAGGACAGUUCUGAUAAUGAGAGGCCUAUUACACCUGCGCCAGCAGCCGCCUCGAAACCCAGACCUCUGUCACAUGACCCAGGACUGGCUGCUGUGGCCAAGUCACGCGGAAUGACUGAGGAAGAGUUGGACGAGUUCCUCCACCGGCAACCCAAAGGGCGAAUGUCUGGAAUCCUGGGCCGUUUUGCCUUGAAGAAGUCUAAGCGGCCCACGGAUCAUAGGAUGUCCAAGUCCAACAUGGGGGAUUUUGGACAAGAUCGUGAUGAAAGCCUGCUGAAUCCCGCUCGGGGUAGCACUAUCACGACUGUUUCAGCCAACAACCCUGAGCCGUCGCCUUCGAAACUGACCAAAGGAGGCGCAAAGAAAACGGCCAGCGGAAGCUGGCCACUACAUCCAGCCCGGAAGGAAUCAGAAGCUCCUGCGAAUGUAGAAUCAGUCACGGAGCAGCCCAAUGGCGCAUCAAGAUCUACGGACAGCCACGCAGUCAAGCAGAACCUGCCGGCAAAUGGUGCAUCUGAGAACGAGGCUGCAUCAAUCAUCGAUCAGGGACACUCUGUCGCUAAAGACUCGGCGGAGGAGGCGCAAAGCGCGCCCGACGAGGUUCAAGCCUUGCGCAGCAGCAAUGAUGCGAAUGGUCCUAACGCAAAGGACAUUGUCUUCCCGCCAGGAGGUCGAAAGAAACGAUUCUUUUCUCUGCGGAAAGCAUUCGGCAUGCGCGACUAA